UACACAUAAAGUGUUUUGGACUAUGGCUUCCACCACCUCGGGUGAUGUUCUGCCCUCAGGCGGCAGGAUCUUUACCUCCAUUCCUGAUGUGUUCUUCCUCCCUGAGUUUGUGUUCGGAGGUUUGGUGUGGAUCCUGGUGGCAUCGACUCGUGUCAAUCCAGAAAACCCUCUGGGCUGGGUGAUGUUCGUGUCUGUCUUCUGCUUUGUUCUGACGACGCUCUGGUUCUUCAUCUUCCUCUGUGGAGCCAAUCAGAGCAGCAUCUGGCCCUCACUGGAUGUGCUGUAUCAUUUCCUGGCGGUGGUUUUCUACCUCAGUGCAUCGGUGGAUCUGGCUUUCAUCACCAUAGUGAAUCACACGGCUCUGAGGACUGCGGAAGCCGUGGGGUUGUCGCCUUCAACCAUAUUUGAACUUCUCAAAAUCUACCGGCUGGACAUUGCUGCUGUGGUGAUGUCCUAUGUGGCCACUCUCCUCUACUUUCUCCAUGCCAUUUUCUCUGCCAUUCGAUGGAAGAAGAACUAAUAAGACAAAACACAAACCAACAACAAGAACACCAAAAGGAGAAAGAAAGACAAACUAAAUAUGAAACUAAAUAACCCAGCUGAGCUGUCAUUGGACUAAACAGAGAAUGAGCUUUUGUGUUUCUGUUGUUUUUAUUUACAUGUCCCUGAACUUGCUUUUGAACCAAAGUGCCAAUGAAUGAGUGGAAAACGAGCAGGUUUUUGAUAAAUGUCUAUUGGUCUUGUAAGUGAGGUUGAAUUGAACAUUAUUCCCCCCAAAUUUACUUUUUUCUUAAUCACAAAGGCAGCAAUUUGGUUAAAAUUUGUUUGAACAAAAUUAAUGUGUCAGAAAUAAAGAAAUAUAUACUUUAAGGAAGGCUAAUGAGUGUAAAUAACUUAUUCAACCACAGAUGUAAUUAAAUAUCUAGGAGCAGGUACAUGGUACAUGAUAUUUUAAGAUAGAUUUAUGGUGACGUACAUUUUUUAAACUGCUUUUUUUUAACUCUUCUUUUUUGUUUUUGUUGACUUUUUUUGGAAACACUCCUGUGGGUUGUAUUUGAAAAUGGGCUGGAGAAAUUUUUAUAGAGAAAUUAAGUGUAAUUUGUCACUGGUGACUUCACAAUCUUAACAUAUAUGGAGUAAACAUUUCUACAAAUCAAAGUCGCAUUUAACUUAGCAUUAGUUAACCUAGAGCAAUCUUUUCUCCUUGUUUAUUAUGAACAAA